UCUGCAGUUAGACCUCACUAAUGGAAGAUCUAAAAGAACGUUUGCUUCCACCAAAACCUCCAUCCGCCAUAAACCGAAGAGACGUUUUGGGCCUAAAAAAACGCGGUCAAGGUCUUCGAUCAUGGAUCAGUGUGGACGCCGCAACAGGAGACUCUCAAGUAAUAGAAGUCGACAAAUUCACAAUGAUGAGGAGAUGUGAUCUUCCUGCACGCGAUCUUCGCUUACUUGAUCCGUUAUUCGUCUAUCCAUCAACAGUUCUUGGCAGAGAGAAGGCUAUAGUCGUAAAUUUGGAACAGAUUCGGUGCAUUAUAACGUCUGAUGAAGUUUUACUUUUGAACUCUCUCGAUAACUAUGUUUUACAGUAUGUGGUGGAAUUACAACGGCGGUUAAAAGCUGCUGGGGAUGGUGAUAGUUGUCGAUCUGAAAGUUCGGAUUUUGAUAGACCGAAAGGUGGUAGGAAAUUCGGGGGCGUGUUUGGAUGCACGUUGCCUGAUCAUUUGCCGUUUGAAUUCAAGGCUUUAGAAGUUGCUCUUGAGGCUGCUUGUACAUCUUUAGACACACAGGCAGCAGAAUUAGAAAUUGAGGCAUAUCCAUUGCUAGAUGAACUUACAUCAAAGAUCAGCACUUCCGAGUUGGAACGUGCUCGAAGAUUAAAAAGCAGACUUGUUGCAUUGACUCGACGAGUUCAAAAGGUAAGAGACGAGAUAGAGCAACUAAUGGAUGAUGAUGGAGAUAUGGCUGAAAUGUAUCUAACUGAGAAGAAAAGGCGAAUGGAGUCAUUGUUCUACGGUGGAGAUCAAUCUUUGGCAGAACACAAAUCAACGAAAAGGAUCCAAUCUGUUUCUGCUCCGAUUUCUCCCGUUUCUUCACCUCCUCCAACCGAUCGACGGUUUGAUAGAAAUUUGAGCCUUGCAAGAAGCAGGCAUGUUGAGAGCACAAGUAGUAGUUCAGAGAGUGCUACUGAAAACAUUGCUGAGCUGGAAAUGCUGCUCGAGGCUUAUUUUAUCGUCACUGAUAACACCCUUAAUAAGCUUACAACGCUGAAGGAAUACAUCGAUGAUACCGAAGAUUUCAUCAAUAUUCAACUGGAUAACGUUAGAAACCAGCUUAUACAGUUUGAAUUAUUACUCACAACGGCAACAUUUGUUGUCACGAUAUUCGGUGUAGUAGCAGGAGUAUUUGGGAUGAACUUUAAUAUAUCCUUGUUUAAAUCCCCAACAGCAUUCAAAUGUGUAUUGCUCAUUACUGGGGUUGCAGGAGCUAUUUUAUUCUCUUCCUUUUUAUGGUUUUUCAAGCACAAAAGAUUGAUGCCCUUGUAGAAAACUAAUGCAAGUAUGUGAAUUCUAGUUA